AUGUGUGUUAUGUGCAAAGUUACGGCAAUUAUACUAGUCGAGACAGGUAGAUCUAAACGCUCAAAAAUUGAUAAAACUGGAAGGCUAUCAGCUUUAGAAAAAUUAAGACAGUUGAAAGGUAGCAAGCAUAAAUAUAAGGUUGAUGAAUUGGAAAAUGUUUAUGAAGAAGUUGAUGAAAAGGAAUAUACUAAAACUGUGAUAAAAAGACAAAAUGAUGAUUGGAUUAUUGAUGAUGGAGAAAGCGGUUAUGUUGAAGAUGGUAGAGAAAUUUUUGAUGAUGAUUUGGACGAUGAAAGUAUACAAGAAGCAAGAAAACAUAAAAUCACAGGUCCUAGAAAAAGUAGAAAAGAUGAUGUUAAAAAGAAAGGAAAUAUUCAGAACAUGAUAAUGAAUAUGCCUUCUAAAAAAACAACAGUCGUUGGAUUAGAUGGUGACAAUAUUUUAGGAGAUUUGAUGUCUGAAUUAAAAAAGGAUGAUACACCAAGAAAACCAGAAUCAAAAACUAUUAAAAACAAAUUUUGUAUUGCAUUUCAAUCAAAUGAAAAAAGUAUUCACAAAGAAAAGAAGUUACAGUCAACUACUACAUGUGAAAAAAUGCAAUGUGAUGAUGAUGAUUUAAUAAUAUUUGGCAAGCCAAAGAAAGUAGAAACAUAUAAGCAAGUAAAACAAAUUUCUCAAGUAGAAAAUAUUGUUUCAAAUCAAAAUGGCAGUCAAACAAUUAUAGAUGACGAAAUUGCUGAUUGUUCAAAAACUACUGCAUUGUGUGUACAAGCAAAACAAGAUGUUGAAGAACAAAGCAGUAGUCAAAUAAUUGAAACUGAAAAUGAAGAUCUUAGUCAGUUUUUUUGUAGUGCAGAUUUUGCAAAUGACAGUGUUGAUCAUAAUGAUAAAUCAGUACCAUUUAUCACUAAUGAAAUACAAAUAAGCAAACCAAGCAUUCAAACAAAGAAUAAAGAUAUUGAAAAGGAAAAGUUUGAUUUAGAAAAUUUUAAUAAAGUGUUAAAUGUUGAAUUUGAAACACAAACAUCAAAUAUUGAAAUAUCUAUUGAUACCACAGAAUUGCCUUUACCACUUGUAGCUAAAGAAAAGGAAGAAGUAUUUAGAUUUUAUUGGUGGGAUGCAUAUGAAGAUCCAUAUAAACAACCUGGAGUUGUAUACAUAUUUGGAAAAGUUUUUGUACCUUCUAUAAAAGAGUAUUGUUCUUGUUGUUUAACAGUAAAGAAUAUUCCACGAAGAAUUUAUCUUCUUCCUAGAUUAUAUAUAAAAACGUCUUCUAAUGAAAAUAAUGAAAAAGCGCAAUUAAAUACAAUAGAGGAUGUUUAUAAAGAAUUUAAUCAAUUUGCAAAUAAAUUAGGAAUAAAAGAAUUUCGCUGUAGUAAAGUUUCAAAGCAUUAUGCUUUUGAACAAGAAAACACUCCAGCAGAGUCUGAAUACUUAGAAGUAAGAUAUUCUGCGCAUUAUCCACCUAUGCCAUCUGAUUAUUCUGGACCGUCGAUAGAACGUGUUUUUGGAACAACAGUAAAUUCUUUAGAAUUACUUCUAAUAGAAAGAAAUAUUAAAGGACCAUGUUGGUUAGAUAUUAAGUGUCCAUUACCUACUGGUGUACAAACCAGUUGUGAAUAGGUAAAUUGUAUGAAGAUGGAGAAUAUAUCUGUUUUUUCUGAAUCUCAAACAUUACCACCAUUAGUAAUAACAACUUUAAAUAUACGAACAUCUUUAAAUUCCAAAUUACAACAGAAUGAAAUAGUCAUGGUUGCAAUACUUAUACACCACAAGUAUUACAUCGAUAAAGAACCUCCUAAACCGCCAUUUCAACAACAUAUUUGUUUAAUCACACAUCCGCGUGAUAAUCCGUGGCCAAGACAAGCACGAGAAAUGUUUUCGAAUAUUUCAUACACCAAAGUGAUGAGAUUUGAAUCAGAAACGGAUUUACUUGAAGAGUUGUUAAAAAUAAUAAAUGUAACAGAUUCAGAUUUAUUGGUUGGAUAUGAUUGUGGCUUCCAAUUUGAUAUAUUAAUGCACAGAAUGAUUACAUUAAAAAUUUCAAAUUGGAGUCGACUUGGAAGACUAAAACGUUCAGUGCCUCCUCUUAUAAAGGGAAAAAUAAACUUGAAUCAAGUAGUAGCUGGUCGACCUAUUUGUGAUAUACAAGUUUCAGCUAAGGAAUUGAAUCUCAAAGUUAGAAGUUAUGACUUACAAUCCCUUUGCACAGCAGUAUUGAAGAAAAAGGAAAAUGAAUGCAAAGAAAUAAAGCCAGGAGAGUGCUCAUCAUUUUAUAAUGCAUGUGACAAAAUAGAUAACUUAAUUAAAAUAACAUUGACUGAAGCAUUGUAUAUUUUAUCUAUUGUUUUUGAACUUAAUAUCCUUCCACUUGCUUUACAAAUUACAUGUAUUGCUGGAAAUGUUAUGUCAAGAACAUUAACAGCAGGACGUGCAGAAAGAAAUGAGUAUUUGUUACUACAUGCAUUCCACUUAAAACACUACAUAACACCUGAUAAACGAAUCACAAAAAAAGGAAAAAAUGAAGAACAUACUGGUAGAAAGAAAGCAGCUUAUGCUGGUGGUUUAGUCCUUGAGCCAAAAAAAGGAUUUUAUGAUAAACUUAUCUUACUAAUGGAUUUUAAUUCUUUGUAUCCUAGUAUAAUUCAAGAAUAUAAUUUAUGUUUUACUACUGUUCCUGGUGCUGCAUAUGCUGAUAGUGGGGAUUUAUCGAUUCCUGAAUCAAAUUUAGAACCGGGAGUAAUUCCAACAGAAAUUCGUAAAUUAGUUGAAAGUAGAGUAGAAGUAAAGAAAUUAAUGAAAACCCAAAAUAUUUCACCUGAACUGAAAAUGCAAUAUAAUAUUAGGCAACUGGCUUUAAAACUUACAGCAAAUUCUAUGUAUGGUUGCUUGGGUGCAAUGCACUGUAGAUUUUAUGCUAAAGGACUUGCUGCCUUAGUUACAGCAAAAGGUCGAGAAAUUUUGCAGCACACAAAAAAUCUUGUUGAAAAACUGAAUUAUGAAGUUAUAUAUGGAGACACUGAUUCUAUAAUGAUAAAUACAAAUUUAUUAGAUUAUGAAGAAGUUUUUUCUGUUGGGAAAAAGAUUAAACAAGAGGUCAAUAAAUUAUAUAAACGAGUAGAAUUAGAUAUUGAUGGUGUUUUUCGUUAUUUACUGCUUUUACAAAAGAAAAAGUAUGCUGCAGUUAUAAUAACAAAAUUGCCUAAUGGACAAAUAGAAUUAACACAAGAACAUAAAGGUCUGGACAUUGUAAGACGAGAUUGGUGUCAAUUAGCUUGUGAUGUUGGAAAAAAAAUUUUGGACCAACUUCUAUCUGAUCAAUCCAACGAAAAUCGAUUAGAACAAAUUUUUAAUAUGUUGCAAAAUAUCGCAAAAUGUGUUCGUGAAAAUCAAAUUUCCUUAUCAUCAUUGGUUAUUACAAAACAAUUGUCAAAAAAUCCAAGUGAAUAUCCAGAUACUAAACAAGCUCAUGUACAAGUAGCUUUAAGAUUAAAUAAAGAAGGUGGUAGAAUGUGGAAAGUUGGAGAUACCGUUCCCUAUAUUAUAUGCGAUGAUGGAACUGAGAAAUCUGCAACUGAAAGAGCAUAUCAUAUUGAUGAAUAUAAAAAGAGUGAUACUCUAAAAAUAGAUGUUAAUUAUUAUUUAAUGAGCCAAGUUUUUCCCAUUGCUUUACGAAUUUGUGAACCAAUUGAAGGAAUUGAUGAUGUUUUAUUAGCCGGAAAUUUGGGUUUGGAAAAUGUUUAUAAGUCUAAAAGGAUAAUACAUGAAGAUAACAAUGAUAUACCACUAUUAAUGAAUGAUGAUCGAUUUAGAUAUUGUCUUCCUUUGAAAUUUAAUUGUACCGAUGAAAAAUGUCAGUCAGAAAUUAUACUUAAAGAUGUUGUGAUCGAAACGCCCACUGGCAAUCAAUUAUCGCUUGCUUCCUGUUCGAAUGUAGACUGUAAAAUACAGCCAUGGAUGUAUGUUAAUGCUAUACAAAAUGCAAUGACACUUGCUGUACGGGAAGCAGUUACCGAAUAUUAUAAUGGCUGGUUAGAAUGUGAAAAUCCAAUGUGUAGUGAACAAACCCAGCUACUCCCACUAGAUUUUAGCAACAGAUAUCCAACUUGUAGGACAUGUGGAGAUGGUGAUUUACAUAGAAUAUUUUCAGAAACAAAACUUUAUAAUCAAAUGUAUUUUUAUCUUCACCUUUUUGAUGUGAUUCAGUCAAAAUAUAAAAAUUUGUUAUCUAAAUAUCCACAAGGUAUAAGAGAAGCAUAUGAUUCAUUAAAAGAAGCAAUGGAAAAAAUGUUAAGACGAAACGCAUUUUCCGUUGUAUGUUUGGAUGCACUCUUUUCAAACAUUAAUUCACAGUAUGAAAUAUUAAGUUUAAAUACAAGUAGUUUAGACAUAUCAGAUGGAUCAGAUGAUGAAUUGAAUAUUGAUCUAUAA